AUGCAGCGAACAAUAUGGAUCACAACGGCGGGGCUGUUCAUCAUUGUCACCCAAGCUACCGCCCAGGUCACCUCAAGGUCAAGCCCACCGUCAACAACAGAACUUCUUUCUACAACUCCGGGGUGCGCUAUACCGUGCUUCGUCGAGGGGUAUCACACUGGCAACUGCACCAUAGGAGAUCUGACAGACUGCAUCUGCACCAACAUCCCGUUGCAAGCUCAAGUGUCAGCAUGCGUGCAGAAGUCGUGUGAAUUCGAAGACCAAGUUGCAAGACUGAAGGUUACGAGCCAUUUAUGGUGGGAUGAUUGGACGGCCUUGGUGGCAUUGUUCUUUUUACUAGUAUUAUCCGCAUGUGGAUUCGCAAACAUUUUAUGCAAUGCAGAUGGUGUACAUAUUCACGCAUCAAUAUGGGACCGCUCGAUUGAAGGCCAAUGUCUCAACAUCUCAGCGAUUGGCUAUGCAGGUGCCGCCUGCAGCAUUCUGGAAGAUGUCGUGCUCUUUGUCAUUCCGAUUCCGGAACUCUUGAAGUUACAGUUAAGUAGGAAGAAGAAGAUUGCUCUGGUCUUUAUGUUUAGUGUGGCCUCGUUCGCAUGCAUAGCCAGUAUGAUACGUCUAAAGUACAUGGUCUCGUAUGCUAACACGUAUGACGCAACAUGGGAUAAUGUCGAAAUCGUAUUGUGGUCGUCUAUCGAACUCAAUUCUGCCAUCGUUUGCGGCAGUCUUCCAGCACUGCUUCCAUUGUUCAGAAUUGUUUCUGGAUACUUCAGCAGAAUUAUGACAACUAUGCAAAGCAAGCAUCACAGGAGACCAGAAGAACCAAUAGAUGAGGGCAAAGAGAGCUUUUCGCAGGCCUCCGGUACAUCGUCCGAAGCAAGUUCUCCACAAAAGUCAAUUCGGGCGAAGACUUUUGGAAACGUUUCAGCAGCGAAUGAUUUGCGGAUUGUUGGUCAUAUGAGCGCUAGAACAGAUGGCAGGGACGAUUUAGAACACCAGGAUUGGAUCACGGGUAGGUCUACGUCUUGA